AUGGGACAGAGAAACAAUGUCACAGAAUUUAUCCUUCUGGGUCUCAUUCAGGAUCCAACUGGACAAAAAGUAUUGUUUGCCAUGUUUUUGCUCAUCUAUCUUGUGACAAUGAUGGGUAACAUGCUCAUUGUGGGGACAGUAUUUGCCAGCCCCUCCUUGGACUCCCCAAUGUAUGUCUUCCUCGCUUAUCUGUCAAUCAUGGAUGCUGUCUAUGCCACUUCCACAUCACCCAAGUUGAUUAUGGACUUACUCGCCGACAAAAAGACUAUCUCAUUCACAGCUUGCAUGGGCCAACUCUUUAUUGAGCACUUAUUUGGUGGUGCUGAAGUCUUCCUCCUGGUGGUGAUGGCCUUUGAUCCCUAUGUGGCCAUCUGUAAGCCCCUUCAUUAUCUGACCAUCAUGAAUAGAAAGAUUUGCAUCCUUCUGUUGGUGAUAGCCUGGGUUGGCGGCUUUGCCCACUCCUUGGUUCAACUUAUUUUUGUGUCUAAUCUCCCUUUUUGUGGACCCAAUGUCAUUGACCACUUUAUCUGUGACAUGUACCCACUAUUGACACUAGCAUGUAGUGACACUUACUUCAUUGGUCUUACUGUGGUUGCCAACGGUGGAGCAAUCUGUAUGAUCAUUUUUAUCCUUCCCCUAAUCUCCUAUGCAUUCAUUCCAAACACUCUUAAAAGCUACAGUGGCCAGGUGGAAGGGAGAAGAAAAGCCUUGUCCACCUGUGGUUCUCACAUCACCAUUGUUGUUCUUUUUUUUGUUCCCUGUAUUUUCAUUUAUGUUAGACCAGUGUCUAACUUUCCUUUUGAUAAAUCAAUAAGUGUGGUAUUUACAAUUAUUACUCCCAUGUUAAAUCCUUUAAUAUACACUCUGAGAAAUUCAGAGAUGAAAAAUGCUAUGCAAAAACUCUGGUGUAGAAAGUAA